AUGAGUUUCGCCGUUGGUCAAAAAGACAAAUCUCCAUCAUCUUCUCCAAAUGACUCUAAAAGUCCGCUUGAAGAAAUCAAUGAUCCGAAGCGGCAUGAAGAAUUGGAAUCUGGUGGUAUGAUCGUUGGACCGAAUCAUCCAAGCUUUAAAGAAGGAAACGAGAGAUUUACUCACCCAGGUUUUAGUGAUGAGUUAAGAUUACCUCCUGAAGGAGCUCCACAUGGUGCACGCUUCGACCCAAUUGUCCCGUACGACACACCUAGAUCCGGUUGUAGAUCUGAACCGAUCGCGGGACCCGAUCAAGAUGAAUUUCUUCCUCCUGGGCAGGAACCGCCACCUUCGUUAAAACAACAAAGUAGAUCUGAUUCGUCUUUAUUUAAUGUAAAUGUAUUAGGCAAAAAAGGAUUUGGUAGAGGAUUUGGAGGUCCCCCAAUUUGA